GACCAGUUUAAUAGGAUAGGCAGGCAUUAGCAUUAAGAUGCUCCCAGCAUUCAGGUUUGCCAAAUCCACUGUGUGGCACCCUGGGAGCUACACAGUGGUCGAUUGCUUAUUUGUGGACUUUUUUUUCCAGCACCUUUUGGGGAAACAACUAAGACGAGAACAGCCUCGUCCCUGUGUGCUGUUGCCGUUCUCCUUCCCCUACUCCCCCCGGUGAGACUCGGAGCCCUCCGCCGCAACCAUGGUGGUGAUGAAGAUGAAGUUCCCCUUUCAGAAAAGGGUAAAGCUGGCUCAGGGACUGUGGCUCCUCUCCUGGUGUGCCACAGUAGCUGGGGCCAUCACCUUCACCCUUGGGUGCAUCCUCAAGGCAGAGCUACGCAGAAGGGCAGAGGUAAUGGAUAAUGCAGACAUACAUAUCGUGCCCAACACCCUCAUGAUAGUUGGUCUGGCCUCCUUGGGUAUCAACUACUUUGCAUCAAAGAUCUGUCAGGAUGCCCUGGACGCUGGCCGAUUUCCUCGCUGGAAGACCUUUUUGAAGCCCUACUUUGCCGUCUCUUGUUUCUUCACUGUCCUCAUGCUGCUAGCGGUCAUCAUGAGCUAUGCGAUGAAAGGCAAUCUGGAGUCUUCUCUGAAGGUGGGCCUGAGAAAUGGCAUCCGCUUCUACAAAGACACAGACACCCCAGGACGCUGUUUCCAGAAACAGAACAUCGAUCGCUUGCAGAUGGACUUUCAGUGUUGUGGAAACAACGACCACAAGGACUGGUUUGAGGUCCAGUGGAUCAGUAACCGCUACCUUGAUUUCAACUCCAAGGAAGUGAAAGUGCGCGUCAAAAGCAAUGUGGAUGGCCGAUAUUUGGUCGAUGGUGUCCCAUUCAGUUGCUGUAAUCCCACUUCUCCUCGACCAUGCAUCCAGUAUCACCUCACCAACAAUUCCGCUCAUUAUAAUUAUGAGUAUGAAACAGAGGAACUCAACAUCUACCUGCGGGGCUGCAGGGAGGCCCUGGUCAACUACUACAUGGGCCUGAUGAACACCAUUGGGGCUGGAGUACUGUCAGUCUUCCUCUUGCAGGGUUCCGUGCUGGUGAGUUUGCGCUUCCUGCAGACCGCUAUGGAGGCUGUAGCAGGGAAUGAGAACACAGAAAUUGAGACUGAAGGAUACUUACUGGAGAAGGGACUGAAGGACACCUUCAUGGAGUACUUUGAUCCUGUUCUCAAGUUUCUGUUGCUGAAAAACCAGGUGCAGGAGGGCACUCCUGCAGGCACAACAGCCCCAGCUUCCUCCUAAACAUCGGGGUUGGUCACGCAUGUGUAUAUACUUUUUACGAAGGGAAUGAAAAACAUUAAAAUCCUGAAUAAUAUCGUCUCCUUCCUAAAAUAGUUGCCUAUGUCAUUUAUUUAUUUAUAUUUCAUUCAUGUUUUUAUUUUUUCAGGAAACAUAAAAAAAUCGAACCAAUUAGAAUGAUUUGUUUAGCAGGUUUUAGUGGAAAUGGUCAGUAUCCUGAAAAGAUGUUAAGGGCAAACAAUUUUGAGUGGUCAAAAUAUGACUUUGCCCAUUAUUUUAAGAAGGAGAUGAUAUUAUAGUUUGAAAAUGUGUUUGGGGGGGGUGGGGGGGGAUAGAAUUUGUAUUUGCAGUGGACCAUCAAAUUAAAGUACAUCAAGAUAUUUCACAUUCCUCUCCAAAUUGUAUAAAGUGAAUCUAUGUAUUCUCUAUUGAAUGCAUGCCUUGCAGCAGAAUAUAGACAAGAAACAUGUAUUUUGCUCCUUUUUUCAACUACACCAAUUGAAACAUGAAUAAUACAACUCAAAAUAUCUCAACACAUUACAGUACUAUGUAAGAAUGUGUCUAUUGAAUGUUUGUCUCUUAUAUACAUGGUAUUUCUUUGCAUUUACAAAAACACACACACACACACACACACAACCACUGUAGUCAGUUUUGAUCAUUAUAUUUGUGAUUCCCUUCUGCUCUACUCCCACAAAUACUUGUAGUUUCUCCAAGCCUACAGUAUGCUCACCUACAGAGCCUACAGGGCUCACCGCACACACAUUAUGCCACCAAGUAAAAAUGUUACAAAAAUGUAAUAAUAGUAAUAAUAAUAAAUAUAAUACACAGGUCAUUUUUGCCAUCUAGCGGACGUGCAUUUAAUUAUUCUGGCUGUCGCUAUAAGUCUCUGAUAUGGAUAGAUGAAUAAAUAUACAUUAUUUAUAACUAGAUGUGCCAUAGCACAGUGGUUUGGAAUCAUCAUUACAAAAAAAAAGUACUGAUUCAAGUAUUUUUGUGGGGAAAAGUAGAAUAACAGAGGGGGCUCAAGAAUUAAAAUUUGAAUGUCCUACUAUACAGUAGACCAGGGUUGUCAAACUCAUUUGUGUC